UGGCCGAGGAGGCCCCAAAACAGACGUCACCACCUGCUGAACGACCCCAACCCCAGAUGGCGGCAGGCAUGGUUAUGGGUCCCGACGGAAAGCCUUGCAAGAUCUGCACUGCGUUUCGGAACUGGACACCAGGAAAAACGAACUACACGGAGCCCGACUCAGAUAGAAAUUCUCGUGUAACGUCAAAAGCUGGCAACCCUCCUGCAAUAUCUGCGGUGCAAAACCAGAAUUCCCGUGCUGCAGGAUCGCCCUUCCCGAACUUUGCUGGGGUCGCCGGAACUGCUACGCCUCUGGCCACCGCCACUCGUCCCGACGAGCCUUCUCCGGGGUGUCCCCCGGAUGUUGAGCAGCUCGGACGCGCGACCUGGACGUUCCUUCACGCGACCGCCGCGUACUACCCGGACAAACCCACUCCAACCCAACGCGCGAACAUGCUGAUGCUGCUACGUUCCUUGCCUAUUCUAUACCCAUGCACGUGGUGUGCACAGGAUUAUGGCAAAGACAUUGAGCAACACCCGCCCGAUGUCAGCAGUCGAGUGGCGUUAAGCCGGUGGUUGUGUGAAAGGCACAACCAUGUCAAUGAAAAGCUUGGGAAGGAAAUGUUCGACUGUGCGAAGGUGGAUGAGAGGUGGAAAGAUGGACCAGCUGAUGGCAGUUGUGAUUAAA